CUUCGUGCAUCGUUCGUUUGGUGCAUUUCGAAAAAUGUUGAUCGAUAUUUGGUUGAUCCAAUUUCACUUGCGUCUCGUUCGACACCUGCCUAAGGCGGAUUCCCGACUAGAGCCUCACCGCCUACUCUCAAGAUGGAUAUCGAUGAGCUGACCGUUGACAACACCUACCAGCUCGGAGGUUCAGACGACGAACGCGAACGAGCUCAAAAUGCCGAGCUCAUCCAACAGCUUGAGAGGAAGAAGCGCUUCAGGCGGAUGGCCGUACCGACGGAUGACAACAAGGUCAAAGAACGAUUGAGAGCAUACGGAGAGCCAAUUUGUCUCUUUGGAGAGGGCCCUGGAGACAGACGAGAUCGAUUAAAAUAUGUACAGGAACAGAUUGAACAGGCUAGAGGCGGCGAUGUGGGAAUGGCUUCAGAGUCUGAUGAGAGCAGCAGUGAUGAGGAUGAGGAGGAAUUUCAUACAGAGGGGUCGGACGAUCUGCUCAAAGCUAGGAGGAGCAUCGCUAGGUAUUCUUUAUCGCGGGCAAAAGAGAGGAUUGCACGACAACGUAUAGAAGUUGGACUGCCCUUAUCUAAAAUCGUCAACGUCAGAAAAGAGCUCUUUGCAGAGAUGAAAACAUUCAGCAAUCUCGGAUCUCAAUUCGGUGACGAUAGACCUCUCUCCUGCAUCCGAUUCUCCCCUAAUUCCCAAUACAUCCUCACUACAUCCUGGACUGGCGACUGCAAGAUCUGGGACAUGCCGAAUCUCAAUCCUAUCAGUACGAAACGUGGUCAUUCGGAACGUAUAGGAGGUGCUGCCUGGCACCCUGAUGCGACGCUUGGAAUCGGUCCUGACGGAAUCAACUUUGCGUCGGGCGGUGGUGAGGGAUCAGUCAAAUUGUGGUCGUUGUCAGGGGAGAAACCCCUCGCGACCAUGUCUGGACAUUUCAAUCGUGUGGGAAGAGUCGCCUUUCAUCCUUCUGGAGCGUAUCUUGGUUCAGCGUCUUUCGAUGGGACAUGGAGAUUAUGGGACGUCGCGACGCAAAAGGAACUGUUGAUACAGGAGGGGCAUAGUAAGGAAGUGUAUGCUUUAGCGUUCCAAGACGAUGGUGCAUUGGUCGCUUCUGGUGGUUUCGAUGCUAUUGGCAGGGUGUGGGAUACAAGGACAGGCCGGACAGCAAUGGUGCUCGACGGACACGUAAAGGAGAUUCUGUCGAUGGACUUUGCUCCAAAUGGAUACCAAGUCGCCACUGGAUCAGGAGACGACACUGUUCGUAUAUGGGAUCUGAGGGCACUCAAGACGAGCUACAUCAUCCCAGCGCAUAAAUCCUCCGUCUCAGACGUAAAGUUCUUCCGAUCGACAGAUGAACUACCGUUUAUUCCGUUGAAUGCCACCAUCCCCUCAGGUCCAUUACCAGAGGUUCCCGAAGCGCCAAAAGAGGAGGAGGAGGAGGAGCAGGAGCACGCCAAAGUAUCUACCAACGGCGGCGAUGCCAACGGAGUCAACGGGGAUAUCGAGAUGAAGACUGAACCUUUGACCAAUGGUUAUUCCACCAAUGCUGGCACAACUUCGGAACUACCUCGAUCGGGAUUGUUCCUUGUGACCGCUGGAUUCGAUCACAAUGUGAGGAUUUGGUCCGCAGACGAAUGGAGUCUCGUCAGAAAUCUUGCGACGGACGCUGGAAAGGUCAUGAGUGCAGAUAUCUCGGGUGAUGGGAAAUUCAUAGCGAGCGCUUCCUUUAGUCGAUCCUUCCAUCUGUUCGGAGGGGAGCAUUCGCUGUAGUGGGACGAGGCCGAGCCACAUCCAGUGUCGAGUGAUAAGUGAUAAGGAUGGCACGGAGGAGAGAGAGAGAGAGGGAGAGAGCGCGAGAAAUGACGACGCGUGUAAAAGCCAAGCUGGGCUAGCGGGCCUAGUCGAUGGACAAGGACAAGAUCCAUUUUUUGUAUGCAAUAACAAAAUGAUUUU